AUGGGCACGAUGGGACACCACCAGCGGUCGCGCUCCGCCUCCGGGAGCCCCUCGGCGACGCGCUCAUCAAACGCCACCGAGCUUGACUUCGCCGCCGCCGACCUAGAGUGCCCCUUCGGCGGCAUCGAUGCCCUCGGCGCCGUGGAGCUCCGUGAGACGGCGUACGAGAUUUUCUUCAUGUCCUGCCGCUCCUCCGGCGGCGCGUCGGAGGGGGAGGUGUCGUCACCGGUGGCCGGUGCGGGGGCGAGGGGCGGGAGCGCCGUUAUGAGCAGCAAGGUGAAGAAGGCGCUGGGGCUCAAGCCGAGGCGGUCCGCGCCGACGACGGUGCGCACCUCGAGCCAGAAUUCAGGCCCGGUCUCUCCCGGCCGAACACGGCGACCGAUGACGUCGGCGGAGAUUAUGCGGCAACAGAUGCGGGUGACCGAGCAGAGCGACGCGCGGCUCCGCCGAACGCUCAUGCGGGCCGUCGUCGGACAGGUCCAAGUUGGGAAGAGGCCUGAUUCCAUCGUCCUGCCAUUGGAGCUACUCCGGCAGCUAAAGCCGUCCGAGUUCACCGACGGCGAGGAGUACCACCAGUGGCAGUUCCGGCAGAUCAAGCUCCUAGAGGCAGGCCUCAUCCUGCACCCGUCCCUCCCGCUCGACCGCCUCCACGCCGCCGUGCUCCGUUUCCGCGAGGUGAUGCGCGCCACCGAGAUCCGCGCCAUCGACACGGGCAAGGGCUCCGACGCGAUGCGGGUCCUGAACAACGCCGUGCACGCGCUCGCGUGGCGCCCCGGCAGCGGCAGCGACGCGUGCCACUGGGCCGACGGCUACCCGCUCAACGUGCUCCUCUACGUGUCCCUCCUCCAGACCGUCUUCGACCACAGGGAGCACACCGUGGUGCUAGACGAGGUGGACGAGCUGCUGGAGCUCAUCAAGAAGACGUGGCCGAUCCUGGGCGUCGGCAGGGCGCUGCACAACGUGUGCUUCGCCUGGGUCUUCUUCCAGCAGUACGUGGUGACCGAGCAGGCCGAGCCGGACCUGGCGUCCGCGACUCUCGCCCUGCUCGCCGACGUGGCGGCCGACGCCAAGCAGGGCAGCCGCGAGUCCCAGUCCCGUGACCCGGUGUACACCAAGGUGCUCCUCAGCGUGCUCGGCAAGAUGCAGGAGUGGUCGGAGAAGCGGCUGCUGGACUACCACGACAGGUACGAGAAAGGCAUCGGCGGGACUGCCAUGGAGAUAUUGCUGUCCUUGGCGCUUGCCGCCGGCAAGAUCGUCGCCGACCGCGAAUACGCGGGCACCGGGAACUUCGCCGCCGACCGCGUCGACUACUACAUCAGGUGUUCGAUGAAGAACAUCUUCACCAAAAUACUCGAGAAUGGCAUGGCAGAGGCAGACCCCGCAGACGACCCCGGCGUGGUCCUGACGCAGCUGGCGAGGGACGCGGAGCAGCUGGCCAUGUUCGAGCGCGCCAACUUCAGCCCGCUGCUGAGGCGGUUGCACCCGGCCCCCAUAGCGGUCGCCGCAGUCACCCUGCACGGCUGCUUCGGCGUGGUGCUGAGAGAGUACCUGAGCAAGGUCACCAUCCUGACGGAGGAGCUCGUCCGCGUGCUCCACUCGGCGAAUCGCCUGGAGAAGGCCCUGGCGCAGAUGACCGCCGAAGACGCGGCGGACUGCGACGACGACCGGGCAAAGGCCGUCGUCGGCGACAUGGAGCCCUACGAGGUGGAGUCAGUGGUGAUGGGCUUGCUCAAGGCUUGGAUGGACGACAGACUUCGGAUCGGCAGCGACUGCAUCCUCAGAGCCAAAGAAACCGAGAGCUGGAUUCCCAAGUCCAAGGAGGAGCCUUUCCCCGCGUCGGCAAUAGAGCUGAUGAGGCUGUCCAGGGCGACCAUCGACGAGUUCUCUGACAUUCCGGCCACCGCAAAAGACGACGUGGUUCAGGCGCUCGUCGACGGCCUCGACUCAACCUUUCAAGACUACAUCUCCUUCGUCGCAUCAUGUGGGUCGAAGCAGAGCUACGUCCCUCCCCUCCCGGCGCUGACGAGGUGCAACCAGGACUCGGGCUUCUUCCGGCUGUGGAAGAAGGCGGUGCUGCCGUCGUGCCAAGCGCCGGAGGCCAACCCGCGCGGCAGCGCCUCGCAGCACACCCCGCGGCCAUCCAUAAGCCGCGGCACGCAGCGCAUCUACGUCCGCCUCAACACGCUCCACUACGUCCUCACCCACGUCCAGGCCAUCGACGAGUCGCUCUCGUCACUCUCCUCUGCCUCCGGCGGUAACCGGGUGGCAGCGUUCGACCGCACCCGCGCCGCGGCCCAGUCGGCGGUGUCGCGCGUCGCCGAGGUGGCCGCGUUCCGGCUCAUCUUCCUCGACUCGCGCCACUCCUUCUACCAGGGCCUGUACGUCCGCAACGUCGUCGACACACGCAUCCGACCGGUGCUCCGCGCGCUCAAGCAGAACCUGUCGUUCCUUGUGUCCGUGCUCGUUGACCACGCGCAGCCGGUGGCCGUGCGGGAGGUGAUGAAGGCCUCGUUCCAGGCGUUCCUGAUGGUCCUCCUCGCCGGCGGCAACGACCGGAGCUUCACGAGGGCGGACCACGGGAUGGUGGAGGAGGACUUCCGGAGCCUGAAGCGCGCCUUCUGCACGUGCGGCGAGGGCCUGGUCCCCGAGGACGUGGUGGUGCAGGAGGCGGAGGCCGCAGAGGGCGUCGUUGAGCUCAUGGCUCGGCCGACGGAGCAACUCAUCGCGGCGUUCGGCGCCGCCACGUCGGAGUCCAUCGCGGGCGUGCGAGAAUACGAGGACUCGGACGGCGGCGCGACCCUCGUGCCGCCGACGGCGAGGCAGUGGGGCCCCGCGGAUCCAAACACCAUCCUCCGCGUGUUGUGCCACCGCGACGACGAGGCCGCCAACCAGUUCUUGAAGCGCACGUUCCAGCUCGCCAAGCGGCGGUGA